CUGCCACCCACGUCAGACGAGAUGAACUCUUUUCUCUUGGCGCGGUUGAUUUGUGAUGAAUUCGUCGACAUCCGUUAUACUUUUUGGCAUUUAGCACAUCACAAUGAUUAACACAGAAUGAUUUAAUCAUUUCUACUUUAGGAUGUGUUGCACUCCUUUUACUCUUCAUUACUUGUUCGGCAAUCAUGGAGGCAACAGUGGGGAAACUCGCCAUUAUUUUUGUGCUUUGCACUGUUUGUUUUCAAGUAUCCAUGGCUGAUUUUGAAACUGAUUUGAAGUAUAUCAGGAUAUGUAAUAAAACAGCACCGAUUUCAAUGCGUAUAAUGAACGAAGUGCUCAUAAGUAAAAAAUUGCCGUCGUCCACAGUGGCUUUGGGCAAUUUCAAGUGUUUUCUCUAUUGCUUGUUUAAACAUUAUGGGUGGAUGGAUGAAAUCGGUGGUUUUGAAUUGAAUACGAUUCAUCACAAUUUGGCAGAAACUGGAAGUAUUGGUACGAAGGCGAUGAACCAUAUUAUGUAUGGAUGCACAGCUUUAGAAGAGAUGAAUAAGUGCGAGAGGGCUUUUCAGUUUAUUCAAUGUUUUUGGGAGAAAUCUACUGCAGAAGAAAACACUGACGAUGAUAAGUUUUUCUAUGCGCUGGACGAACAGGAUCAAAACAUGCUCAUCAGAUAAAGAUUGAUUACUAUUUAUUCGCGAAAUGCCAAAUAAUUAAUAACAUCUUGUUUUUUACGCUAGUUUAUUUUAUGUGUAUCUAUAUUACCGAUUAGACAAACAGAUUUACUAAUAAUACUUUGCGCUGAGUGUGCAUGGUCAACUUUUACAAUAAACAAUCAACAAGUUGUAAAGAUACACGCAGACUCCAUGAAUAAUAAACAUGGACUUUUUUUGAUUUUAAAUUAUUUAUCAUAAAAAAAUUGUAAUUGUAAAAUUGGUAAUUUUUUUGAUGUGCAAUUAAGUUAUAUAAUUACGCUAGGUAAAGAUAUUCGUAAUAUAAAAUAAAGUAAUUGCGCAAUAUUAA